AUGGCUUUUCCAACAUCCAUGUGGCUGAACUGCGUGUGGAGAGCGAUGCUGGUCCGCCUGCUGCACAUGGGAUUGGAUGCCACCUUCACCCUCUGCAUACUCGGGUUCUUGCUUCACGCUGCCGCCGUCUCGUCGCAAAAGUUGGAUGAUACCGACCCGGUGGUGACCACCAGCUUUGGGAAAGUCAGGGGGAUGAAGAAGGAGUUGAACAAUGAAAUUCUGGGGCCGGUCAUCCAGUUUCUCGGGGUGCCGUACGCUGCUCCUCCGGUUGGGGAGCGCCGAUUCCAGCCUCCUGAACCGCCGUCUCCUUGGCCAGAUAUCAAAAACGCCACCCAGUUUGCACCGGUGUGUCCCCAGAACAUUAUAGAGGGCAGGUUACCUGAAGUCAUGCUCCCUGUCUGGUUUACUAAUAACUUGGAUAUAGUUUCUACCUACGUGCAAGAGCAGAACGAAGACUGCCUCUAUCUGAAUAUAUAUGUCCCAACUGAAGAUGGUGAGUUAUUUACAGGAGAAGCAGGGAGAUCUUUUUGUUUCGACUUUCCUAUUGAAGUUCUUUACUAUUAAAUCAUGUGUACUGGUAGCCAGCACGGCUUUCUUGUCUGCAUGCCAGCUUUUUCUUCCCUCCCAACUUCCUUUUUAUUUAUUUUUUUACUUUAUUUCACAUCUAUGCAUGUGGCUUUUCUAUGUAUGCACCAGUUCUAAGCCUCUACUACCGUCCCUUCUCCUCUGAUCUUGUCUCUACUCAUUUUCCUCGUCCUUCAGCACGUGUAUUUCUUAGGUCAAAGUUGGUACCUAAAUGCUCAUUCCCACCCAUUGACUUCUGGGGAAAGAUGCAUCAACAUCUUGAUCCAUUGCAUGGGUAGGCCAAAGGAGUCGGGACUCAACCGAGUAAAUAAAUGACGUCAAUAAGCCAGGCCAUCUUGAGCUUAGCUAGCGGUAUUGCAUGCUCCUACUGUCUUGUCACGGAGCUCCAUGUUAUUUUCUAGUCUUCUAUUCAUUUUUCAGUCAAAAGAAUAUCCAAGGAAUGUGCCAGGAAACCCGGCAAGAAAAUUUGUAGAAAAGGAGGUAUGUAUAAAGUGGGCACCAAUAAAAGAAUAAAAUCGAAAACUGGGUUGGAGAAACAAGAGAGAAAGAUGGAAACUGUGCAGAGGAAGACCAAGUUAGUGCAUCUUAAAAGGAAAAAAAACAAACGAGACUGCUGUUGUUUAUUAUUGUAGUGCAGGGAGAAGAUAUAGCUUGUAACCAAUGAGCUUGAAAACCGGUUAAAUAGGGGGCAGUUUAAAAACAGCAGCAUGAAAGAAUAACUAUUCCCCCUUUCCCUCUGGAAGCAUAAAGGCUGAACCUCGCUCCCUUCCUCUCUUGUUCUGGCAGAUUUGAGAGUUUGUUUGCACGUUAGUCUUGAUAGUUAG